UCCCCCGUCAGUCACGCGGAGGCGCUUCUCGCGGAGGCGCGGCUUGGUUGGCCCGUGCGUGCUGCCGAUCGCGGGCCCGGCCGCCUCUUUGACCUGAAUUCGCGGAAAAAUUAGGGGUCGGAGCGGCCUUCCUGCUGGCCCCGUAACAUGUAACAUGGAACAGAAAGGUGCAGAAUGGAGCAACUUUUUUGAGGAGAACUAUUUAUGCAGUUAGAAAGAGAGGGAAUAUUUAUGGAAGACACUGCCUGCUUUUACUUGGCAGAAAUCUCCAUGGCUUUGGGGCAUUUACAUCAAAAGGGGAUCAUCUACAGAGACCUGAAGCCGGAGAAUAUCAUGCUUAAUCACCAAGGUCAUGUGAAACUAACAGACUUUGGACUACGCAAAGAAUCUAUUCAUGAUGGAACAGUCACACAGACGUUUUGUGGAACAAUAAAAUACAUGGCCCCUGAAAUCUUGAUGAGAAGUGGCCACAAUCGUGCUGUGGAUUGGUGGAGUUUGGGAGCAUUCAUGUAUGACAUGCUGACUGGAGCAGUAGGUGCACAGUUAAAAGCUCCCCCAUUUACUGGGGAGAAUAGAAAGAAAACAAUUGACAACAUCCUCAAAUGUAAACUCAAUUUGCCUCCCUACCUCACACAAGAAGCCAGAGGUCUGCUUAAAAAGGCUCAUCCAUUCUUUAGACACAUUAACUGGGAAAAACUUCUGGCUCAAAAGGUGGAGCCCCCUUUUAAACCUGUGUUGCAAUCUGAAGAGGAUGUAAGUCAGUUUGAUUCCAAGUUUGCACGUCAGACACGUGUCGACAGCCCAGAUGAUGCAGCUCUCAGUGAAAGUGCCAAUCAGGUCUUCCUGAUUUCUAAAACAUUACAACAAAUGCACACAUGAGGGCGCUCUCAUCAGCCAGAUAUGGAGAGGGUAGGCAUUUGUUGACUGUUAAGUCAAAACUAGUUCUAUACUUUUACUGAUGGAAAAAUCAAGGUCCACCAAAGUGGUUAUGAUUCUACAUGAGUUAUUCUCUAGAGGAAAUAAAUUGGAUAUUAGAAUUUUAAAAAGAUUGAACAGAAAUCCCUGUCAGUGAAUUUAUGCUGGAGAAUUUUGACGCUUAUCUCAGCAACUCCUUCUUGAAAAUCUUUACCCAUGCCAUGAUAUAAUUUAUCUUCAAUCUUAAAUGAGCUUGAUAAUAGUGUUUAUAAGAUGUAGGAGAAACAGUUAAUUAGAAUAUUUAUUUUUAUGGACUUUUGCUCUAUAAAAUUAUAAAAUGUUAAUUGUGCUUCAUUUAUUUUUUAUUUUUUAAUUUUUUUUUGAGAUGGAGUCUCGCUGUGUCACCCAGGCUGCAGUGCAGUGGUGUGAUCUCAGCUCACUGCAACCUCUGCCUCCCAGGUUCAAGUGAUUCUCCUGCCUCAGCCUCCCAAGUAGCUGGGACUACAGGCACGUGCCACCACGCCUGGCUAAUUUUGGUAUUUUUAGUAGAGACGGGGUUUCGCCAUGUUGGCCAGGGUGGUCUCGAACUCCUGACCUCAAGUGAUCUGCCCGCCUUGGCCUCCCAAAGUGCUAGGAUUACAGGUGUGAGCCACCAACACCUGGCCCAUUUAUACUUAAGGCUGAUUCUCAACUGAUUUGGGUAAAAUCCUUAGUCUUUCCCCAUCUCUGACAUAAUUCCUAGUUUGUCCUUUGGCUUUCCUAUAUAUAUAAAGCUACCAGGCUGCUUGCAGAUUUUCCAGGGAAGAAGUCCCAUAAACACUGACAAAGAUUUUAUUAGGGAGAAGCUAUGAUGGGAAUAUAGAAUGUAGAUUUUUUUAAUUUAAAAAUCAGUAUGGGCCGGGCACGGUGGCUCACACCUGUAAUCCCAGCACUUUGGGAGGCCGAGGCGGACGGAUCACGAGGUCAGCAGAUCGAGACCAUCCUGGCUAACACGGUGAAACCCCGUCUCUACUAAAAAUACAAAAAAUUAGCUGGGCGCAGUGGCAGGCUUCUGUAGUCCCAGCUACUCCAGAGGCUGAGGAAGGAGAAUGGCAUGAACCCGGGAGGCGGAGCUUGCAGUCAGCGGAGAUGGCACCACUGCACUCCAGCCUGGGUGACAGAGUGAAGACUGUAUCUCAAAAAAAAAAAAAAAAAAAAAUCUGUAUGUAGAGCUGGGCACGGUGGUGUGUGCCUAUUAGCCCAGCCACUGGGGAGGCUGAGGCAGGAGAAGCCCUUGAGCCCAAGAGUUCAAGACUAGCCUGGGCAACACAGUGAGACCCUCAUCUCAAAAAAUGUAAAAUAAAAUAAAAUAUUGCAAUAUUUAUUAUAUAGGCAAAUUUUUUUCAACUUAAGUACUACCCUCAUCAAGGGAAGAUUUGUUUGAUUAGAUCCCCACACAGGCUGGCCACUUCCUCAUUUCUACUUUUUCUUUUCUUUUUGAGAUGGAGUUUUGCUCUUGUUGCCCAGGCCGGAGUGCAAUGGCGCGAUCUUGGCUCACUGCAACCUCUGCCUCCUGGGUUCAAGCGAUUCUCCUGCCUCAGCCUCCCGAGUAGCUGGGAUUACGGGCACCUGCCACCACACCAGGCUAAUGUUUGUAUUUUUAGUAGAGAUGGGGUUUCACCAUGUUGGCCAGGUUGGUCUCAAACUCUUGAGUUCAAGCGAUCUACCUGCCUCGGCCUCACAAAGUGUUGGAAUUACAGGUGUGAGCCACCGCGCCCAGCCUCAUUUCUACUUUUUCAAAGAAGUCAAUUUUCUUUAAAAAAUAAACUCUUUUGGCCAUGCGGUGGCUCAUUCCUGCAACCCUAGCACUUUGGGAAGCAGAGGCAGAUGGAUCGCUUGAACUCAGGAGUUCAAGACCAGCCUGGCCAACAUGGUGAAACCCUGUCUCUACAAAAAAUUAGCUGGAUGCAGUGGCAUGUGCCUGUAGUCCCAGUACUCGGGAGGCUGAGGCAAGAGAAUCACUUGAGUCCAGGAGGCAGAAGUUGCAGUGAACUGAGAUCAUGCCAUUGCACUCCAGCCUGGCUGAUGGGAGUGAAACCCUGUCUCAGAUAGAUAAAUAAAUAAACUCUUAUUUUAAAAAAAAAGCAAAUCAUGAAACAAAACAAAACCCAGGGCUCUGAAUGAAAGAUCUCUCCUUUAGGGGGCUAGGUGAUGGAAAAGAAAAUAUAUCAUGAAUUUCAUGUUCUCAGGUUGUCUUCAUUAAUGACAUAUGUAUAUACAUUUCCAUUGAAGACAUAGAUAUGCGUUUGAUCACCUACAUUUGUUUGUAUUUUGAGUCAUAAAUUAAGGCAUUUCCUGUUCAGAAAGCACCUGACAAACUUAUGAUAAAAAACAUGGAGUUUUAAAAUCACAAAUGCAAAUAACAAGCCGGGCACAGUGGCUCACGCCUGUAAUCUUAGCUCUUUGGGAGACCAAGGUGGGUAGAGUGUUUGAGUUCAAGAGUUUGAGACCAGCCUGGGUACAAUGGAGUAAUCCUGUCUUUACAAAAAAUAAAAAAUUAGUGGGGCACGGUGGCAUGUGCCUGUAGUCCCAGAUACUCAGGAGGCUAAGGUGGGAGGAGUGCUUGAGCCCAGGACGUCGAGGCUUCUGUGAGCUGUGGUCGCACCACUGCACUCCAGCCUGGGUGACAGAGUGAGACCCUAUCUCAAAAAAAAGGAGUGGAAAUAACAGAUGACCUUACAAACAUCAAAAGUUAUAUCUUUAUUUAUAAUAUUUUGUCUAUAUUUAAUGAAAUAUAUUAGACAAGUAAAAAAUGUAACAGUAUGCAUAUGGCUUUAACUUGGCCCUGCCCAGUACUCUGCCCUCAUCUCUUUUCCUUCCCACUGAGUCCUUCCACAUUAGCCACACCACAGCAAACCUGACAAGCUUCUGCCUGAAAUAGCACCAUUGCACUUCUCUUCCCUCCGCCUGAAACAUUCUUUUUUUUUUUUUUUUUU